GAAGUAGAUACCGGUAUAAAUAUAGACCUUUAGGUCUUCUUCUGCAAUUCACCACCAAUUCCCCAUUCAUCGAGAGAGGUACGAGUUACAAACAAAGUUCCGAUCAUCACCAUGUCGGCGAAGACGAUUACUUUGAAGAGUUGUGACGAACAGAUGUUUGUUAUCGAGGAGGCCACUGCUUUGCAAUCUAAAACCCUUGAGCACAUGAUCGCUGAUAACCCAAGUGAUGAGAAUAUCCCUGUGACGACUACCAUCACCGCCAAUGUCUUGGCAAAGGUAAUCGAAUACCUCAACAAACACGCUGAGGUUGAGACUAGCGAUGAAGAUAAAAAGAUUUGGGAUGCACAGUUUGUGAAUUUUGAUAACGCAAACCAAAAUACAUUGCCCCCUAUAUUGUUUGACAUGAUCCAGGCUGCCAAAAUUCUCGAAAUAAAGGGCUUGUCGUACUUGACAGCACAGAAAGUGGCGGACUGGAUUAAAGGUAAGACACCAGAUGAGAUCAUCGAGAUGUUCCCUGUUAAAAACCAAUUGACCCCUGAUGAAGAAGAAUGGAUUCGUAGGGAAAAUCCAUGGGCUUUUCAAGAUUAACUAUUUCAGCUUAAGUUAAAUUUGCAGCUGCAGAGAUCAGGAGUAAAUCAUAGCUGGUGCAUAGAUUUCUUUCUUUCCAUAGUACUCGUGUCUAGUGAUUUUUCUAAUUGUAUCCAUCAAAAGCUUGCGGUAGAUAAAUGUGAUAUGAGGAAAGUAUCUCUUUAUUAGAUUGGCUCUCUACUUUGGAUGUAAGUUUGUCUCCUCUUGGAGAUUUAUUUUCUUAAUAUAAUGUCUUAUUCACCAAAUAUAAUGUCUCCUCUUGGAUGUAAGUUUCUUCUUCCUUUUUUGUUUUCCAUUGUUCUAUGUAACGCAUCAGACAUUAGCUGCUGCAGAACCUGGGGCAGUUCUGCAUUUUUCUUCUUCAUCAGAGAUGUUUUGGGAAUCAGAUAUUCAAAGAACCCAUGAUAGUUCUGGAAUGGGUUUUGUGGACUGUAAGGCAAAGAGGGUUGUAGCUACUGCUGGGACUGUAUCUGGUGUAAUAGGGAAAGAUUACGUUAGGUCAAGUCCAUUGGAUAAGGAAAGGGGAAGAGGGGGAGGAGGAGGAGGAGGAGAACAACACUAUAAUUCUCCUAAAUGGAAAAAUACUUGUAUGGUUAAUGGUGUCAGUGUUGGGAAUGAAGAAGCUGAGCAGUUUUUGUUCUCGAUGCUUGGAGAUGGUUGUGAUCUUAGCAUGGCUGUGGUCAGAGAUGUAUUCUGUCAAUGUGGAUAUGAUGUUGAAAAGGCUUAUGGGUUAUGACAUGAUGUUAUGAUCCAGAGGUAUCUAUUCUGAACUGCAGUACUUGGACAUGUAUUUGCUCAUACUCUGGGGCAUGCGGUACCAAGUUCCAAAUGAAGUGGCAGGUCAUCUCUUCAAUAUCGAUACUCAUCUUCAUAUUAGCAAUCCAUGCGAUGUUUGCUUUGCUGUGGCUUCCGUGUCAAUGGAUAAUCUUGUUACGUUACUCAGCUUCUGUUGUAAAAGUAGAAUUUCUGCCAGGUUAGUAGUUUUCAGUGCGAGUAUGAGCAACCUUUCAGGUGUUAGUUACUAUCACGACAAUGGAAAUCUUCAAGUUUUGAGUAAGUUGGAUUAUAAUUUCUGAAACUAUUUAAUCGAAGUUGGACUAUAUUUUUGAGGAAGUUGGACUAUGACUAUGGCGUUCAAUGUGACCAUGGGUAUUGUCUUGAACAAGGAGUUGUUAUUUGUAAGAUUUGUCCGUGAAUGAGUCUUUUGCAACAAUACCUGUAUUCGCAUUUGGCGUAAUUCUAUUUACUUAUGGCAUGCACUGAUACAUAUAUGUUGUUUUGAUUC